UGUAACGAAAGGAAUCAACUUUUUGAAUCGAAAGGGUAAAUCCACAAGGUUGUGCCCAAAAUUCUGCCUCAAAAACCUUAAGCUGGAGUUAAUGUUGUCAGGAUACAGUUAACACAGGUCUUGGCCAUCCUGUACUGGUUUUUAAGAUUUGUUCUUCUUUUCUAAUGGCACACCAUCGCCCUUUGGGUGAUCCACUUUCUGGAAUAAGCCAGUAUCCAUUUCCUCCAAGGAAAGGUCAACAGGAUCUCUCCCCAGGUGGUAGGAAAAACAUGCCAGCUAUUGGCUCCCUGAGGAAAAAGUUGCCUGUUUUUAAUGAUGAUGGGGAAGAUGAUUAUGGAUCAGGUGGAAUGUACUUCAAUCCUUCAAUGUUUCCUCCACACAGACCAGAGAAGGAGCCUCAUCUUGGGGGUCUUUAUGGAACGCCUUCUGGUAUGCAAUCACCUGGACCCCACCAAUCUAAUUUUUAUGGUUCAGGGCUCCCAAGCUCAGGACUUCCUCCAAAUGUCAAUUCCAUGCAGGUUCCACCAAGUGCUCCAAGAGGAAUGUCAUCUGCUCAGUUUGGUAGAAGCUUGUCACAUCCUGGACCCACCCACUCCACAACAUCACUCAGUGGAAGUGUAACCACUCCAGGUGUUCCCAGCAUUCCAUCCAGUCUUCACAACAUGGUUGGGUCACAGGGAGGGAAUAUGUCAUCACAGUCAGCAAGUAGAGGGAUCCUGUCUAUGGGUCCUCGAGGAGUGAUGGGGCAAAUGCCACCUGGUCCUGGUCACUUGGGCAACCAGGGUGGGCUUAAUAAUUUGCCAAAGACAAGUAGAACAAUCUCCAUACCAUCAUCAUUAUCAAGCAGCUCCUCAAGAAGUUCACCAGUACUAGCAAUUGGAAUGAAUGCACCACAGACACCUCAACAAACACAUCAACAGAGAGGCUUUAACCUUGGGGGUAUCAGUAGUGGUGCUAGCAGCUCUGUUUCUGGUCCCAUGUCCAGUUUUGGUCUCACAAGAAGCCAAUCAACUAGUGGAGUGACACAGGGUAUGGGUGGUUCUGGACUUCCUCUUUUUUCAGGGGCAUUUCAACCUCCUGGUGCACCUGAUUCACCAAAAUCUCUUCGGCACAUAUUCUCAGGAGCUGGUCAAGGACUCGCUGACGCGACACCAGGUGGUUCGGGUGGGUUAGACCUGUCAGAGUUCCCGGCACUAGCAAACAGAAGCCGAUUGGAGAGUCUCAGCCGUGUGGAGGGUGUGCCACGUUUGGAUAGUAUAGGGGGUGUUAGUGCACCUCCUAGCAGCUUACCCAACAGGCCAAGUUACGGUGUAGUGUCUAAACCUGCUGAACCUCCACCGGAUUUUUCAAUUCAUAAUGAGGACUUUCCUGCUCUCCCUGGUUCAAAUACCUUUAAGUCAGAAAGCCAAACGGACAGUUCUGUUCCUCAGGAUCCUUCUAAGCCAUCAGUUAUCACCGCAAGCUCAAGCAUUUUCCCUGGAACAGAUCUUAGAGGCGGAUCGUCGUAUGAACAAGCGUUGAAAGAUGUUGCAAAGGACGCCAGAUUCGCGACAGCAGAGGCAAAGGCGAAUUCGACAAAUCACAAGCAACCACCAAGAGGAAUUCAGACAUCUCCUUCAGGUAUGAUCUCAAACAUUCCAAAAGGAAUGGUAACGGAUCAAUUUGGAAUGAUAGGAUUGUUAACAUUCAUUAGAGCUGCAGAAACAGAACCAAAUCUUGUGACGUUAGCGCUCGGGAGUGACCUCACGACGUUAGGCCUUAACUUAAAUUCACCAGAGAGUCUUUAUCAUACGUUUGGUUCACCGUUUGCGGACAGUCCGUGUAGACCACAUGAAAUAGACUAUCAUGUGCCCUCGGAGUACCGGAUAAACUCAUUUAUCAGGGACAAGCUUGCACCCAUUAAACUCAGUCGGUAUACCGAGGAUUUGCUCUUCUAUCUCUAUUACACGAAUGGAGGAGAUAUUCUCCAACUUGCAGCCGCAGCUGAACUGUAUGCACGCGAUUGGCGUUACCACAAAGACGAAAGACUAUGGUUGACUCGUGCUCCUGGUGUUGAUCCUCAAGUAAAAACGAAUUCAUACGAACGAGGAACAUACUACUUCUUUGACUGUAGUACGUGGAGGAAGGUUGCGAAGGAAUUCCAUUUGGAAUACGACAAGCUAGACGACAAACCUACACUGCAGUCUGUAACAGCACAAUGACAUCUUUAGCCUAGCUACGUAUUUGACUUUGAGAGCAAGAACUUUCUUUGUGAAAAUGAUUUAUCUUGUACACUGUCUCUGAAAUAAUAUUUUGGUCGUGUUUAAUACUUGUAAAAAGCUAUUCGAGAUUUGUGAUAUACCAGAUAUCAUUAAAGAGACUUUU